AUGCACUCAACAACAGCCUGGCUUCACCCAUGCACUCAACAACAGCCUGGCUUCAUCCCAUGCACUCAACAACAGCCUGGCUUCACCCAUGCACUCAACAACAGCCUGGCUUCACCCAUGCACUCAACAACAGUCUGGCUUCACCCAUGCACUCAACAACAGUCUGGCUUCAUCCCAUGCACUCAACAGCCUGGCUUCAUCCCAUGCACUCAACAACAGUCUGGCUUCACCCAUGCACUCAACAACAGUCUGGCUUCAUCCCAUGCACUCAACAACAGCUUGGCUUCAUCCCAUGCACUCAACAACAGCCUGGUUUCAUCCCAUGCACUCAACAACAGCCUGGUUUCAUCCCAUGCACUCAACAACAGCCUGGCUUCAUCCCAUGCACUCAACAACAGCCUGGCUUCAUCCCAUGCACUCAACAACAGUCUGGCUUCAUCCCAUGCACUCAACAACAGUCUGGCUUCAUUCCAUGCACUCAACAACAGCUUGGCUUCAUCCCAUGCACUCAACAACAGCCUGGCUUCAUUCCAUGCACUCAACAACAGCCUGGCUUCAUCCCAUGCACUCAACAACAGUCUGGCUUCAUCCCAUGCACUCAACAACAGCCUGGCUUCAUCCCAUGCACUCAACAACAGCCUGGCUUCACCCAUGCACUCAACAACAGCCUGGCUUCACCCCAUGCACUCAACAACAGUCUGGCUUCACCCAUGCACUCAACAACAGUCUGGCUUCACCCAUGCACUCAACAACAGUCUGGCUUCACCCAUGCACUCAACAACAGUCUGGCUUCACACAUGCACUCAACAACAGUCUGGCUUCACACAUGCACUCAACAACAGUCUGGCUUCACCCCAUGCACUCAACAACAGUCUAGCUUCACCCCAUGCACUCAACAACAGUCUAGCUUCACCCCAUGCACUCAACAACAGUCUAGCUUCACCCCAUGCACUCAACAACAGUCUAGCUUCACCCCAUGCACUCAACAACAGCCUGGCUUCACCCAUGCACUCAACAACAGUCUAG